GCAACUUGUGAGGCUGCAUAAUCUCGACUGCGAUCCGGGCCGGAAAAAUUCACAGGAAUAACAAGUGGAGCCUGGAGGAGCAAGAGAAGGAGCUUUGCUUUCCAAGGGCAAGGCAGGGCAGUGAGUUAGAGAUGAAGAAGUCGCCGUUGACAGUGCAAAAUAUAUGUGGCAAUGAGAAGAAGACCACCGGAAAGGAAGCAUUGGUGAAGCUUUUGAGAUGGCAUUUUGGUUUUUCUGAUUUUAGAGGCAAGCAAUUGGAAGCUAUUCAAGCUGUCUUAUCAGGGAGAGAUUGCUUUUGUUUGAUGCCGACUGGAGGAGGCAAGUCAAUGUGUUAUCAGAUUCCUGCACUUGCAAAACCGGGGAUUGUGCUUGUUGUUUCUCCCUUAAUAGCCUUGAUGGAAAACCAGGUGAUGGCAUUGAAAGAGAAAGGAAUUGCUGCUGAAUUUCUCUCCUCAACCCAAACAUCAAAUGUCAAAAGUAAAAUUCAUGAAGACCUGGAUUCUGGAAAACCAUCCCCAAGGUUGCUGUAUGUCACUCCAGAAUUGAUUGCAACACCAGGAUUUAUGUCUAAGUUAACGAGGAUUCAUACUAGAGGGUUCUUGAAUCUCAUUGCCAUAGAUGAGGCACAUUGCAUCUCAACAUGGGGCCAUGAUUUCAGGCCUAGCUAUCGUAAACUUUCAUCUUUGAGGAAUUGCCUUCCUGAUGUACCAAUACUGGCUUUGACCGCUACAGCUGUUCCUAAUGUUCAGAAGGAUGUAAUACAGUCCUUAUGCUUGCAAGACCCCUUGGUUCUGAAAUCUUCCUUUAAUCGUUCAAAUAUCUAUUAUGAAGUUAGAUAUAAGGAUCUUCUGGAUGAUGCCUAUGUUGAUUUGUCCUCUGUACUAAAAUCUAGUGGGGAUGUCUGUGCAAUUAUUUACUGCCUUGAGCGAACAACUUGUGAUGGCUUGUCUGCCCAUCUUUCCAAAAAUGGCAUUUCAUGUGCUGCUUACCAUGCAGGGUUGAAUAAUAAAUUGCGAAGCUCUGUUUUAGAUGAUUGGAUGUCUUCUAAAAUACAAGUUGUUGUUGCCACAGUGGCUUUUGGGAUGGGUAUAGAUAGAAAGGAUGUCAGAAUAGUUUGUCACUUUAAUGUUCCAAAGUCAAUGGAAGCUUUCUAUCAGGAGUCAGGUAGAGCUGGUCGUGAUCAAUUGCCCUGUAGAAGUCUGUUGUACUAUGGAGUUGAUGAUCGCAAGAAAAUGGAAUUUAUUCUAAGAAGUUCUGGGAGCAAAAAGUCAGAAUCCUCAAGUUCACAGGAUGGGUUGUCAAAAAAAUCCAUCUCUGACUUCAAUCAGAUGGUUGAGUAUUGUGAGGGUUCUGGGUGCCGCAGGAAAAAGAUUCUUGAAAGUUUCGGAGAACAGGUGCCUGCAUCACUAUGUAAAAAAUCUUGCGAUGCUUGCAAGCAUCCAAACUUAGUUGCCAAGUAUUUGGAGGAGAUCUCAAUAAUUUGCACUUCUCAUCGGGGAAAUGGCAUUUCUCGAAUUUUUAUAAACAGCUCUGCAGAUGUGACUCAUGGAGAACAAUUCUCUGAAUUCUGGAAUCGUGAUGAUGAAGCAGGCACUUCUGAGGAAGAUAUAUCUGAUUCAGAUGAUGGUACUGAGGUUGUGAAGAGCCUAGCCAAAUCUAAGUUGUCAAGAAAAUCAGGCGUAAAUGACAAGAUUGAGUUCUUGCAGCGUGCAGAAGAAAAUUAUUAUCGGAAUAAAAGCUCUGAUAAACAGGUCAAUAAACUUGACAAGAAUGCUAUAUCCGAAAUGGUGAGAGAAUCGAGCAAACAAAGAUUUUUAAAUGCUCUGAAGGAGGCUCAGCAACGGCUUGGCAACUUGAGCAUUGAAUUGGAAGCAUCAGCUGCCUUCUUUGAAAACGAGUGCUACAAGAAGUAUGGGAAGAGUGGGAAAACAUUCUAUUAUUCACAGGUUGCGAGUACACUGAGGUGGAUAAAAAUGACAAAUUCCUCGGAGUUAACUAAUCGGCUGCUGAGCAGUACCCCUGCCCGUCCUGAGAACACCAUGCCUAAGGAAGAACAUCCUGAGAAACCAUCGCGAUUGUUGGAGAAAAAGCCAAUAAAGUAUACUGAUCCAGAACUCCAUAGCAAUGUUGGAUCUGAAACAACGAUGUGCAUUUCUCAAUCAAAAACACAAAAUGCCUCUUUGAGUGCUGAGUUGCUGGCCAUUCCAUCCUUUUCGGAGUUCGUGAACAGAAAAAAGACUAAAGACAAUAAUAAUCCAUGUAAAUCAGAAAAUCAAUCACCUCACAGUUCAAAGAAGAGGAUGAGGCUGCAAUAAGGCAAAAUUUGAACAAGGAUGCAGAACUUGUAAUUAUAAUCCUUUUUGUUCAUUUAUAAUCAUUUGCCUGACAGUUUUAACAAUGUUUCCUUCUUGUAAUUCAAUCUUUUAUGAAAUUCACGAAGUAAUUUAUUUAA